AUGAGUGAGCCUCAAGUUGCCCCAUAUGGAGGGUUAUUAACGAAAACAUUGGACGAUGAAAAAGCUAGAGAAUCUAAGUUACAAGAACAAAGCAUUGAAGUGCAAGUGAAUAAUCAAACCGAAGUUUUGAGACCAGAGGCUUUACAUAUACGUGGAGUAGACAGCUUAUCCACCGAAGAUAUCAAGGCAUUUAUUGACUAUUAUGUGAAUUACACCGUUUCCGAAGAACAAGAGCAAACGGAAGGACAAGAUGAGCCUACGACCAAGAUUGUAUAUGAGCCAUUCCCAAUUGAUGAACAAAUAACAUUCCGUAUCCAAUGGAUCAAUGAUACGUCGGUUAAUGUAUCUUUUAAGACUAUGGAAGAUGCCCAUAAUGCAUUAAAAUCCAUUUCUAUAUCAUCGAAUCCUAACAUUGAAGUUGAACUCAACGAGGAACAAAAAAUCCAAGAUGCUAUUCAAGAAAGGGAAACAAAGCCAUACGCUCCUAUAAUUGCGUUUCGUAAACAGCAGAACUUGUCUAAUAGAUUAGGUGUUGCUGCUGAUGGCGAUAAGGAACAAAAUCCAGUGGAGCAAGAUAAUACUAUGGACGAAGAUGAUACUUCGAUCGUCUUGUAUGUGAGACAAUCAUUCCAAUCAGAUAGAAAAGUCAAGAAUGCCAGUGCGUACUCGCGUUACUACUUAUUACAUGGGGAACCUGAAAGAAAGCCACGUCGCCAUAAUAAAUACAGACUGAGAGAGUCGCAUCAUAAUCAUCGUCGUGAACGUAAGCCAGAACAGGAUGAAGAGGAAGAUUUGUUUGCACAUAAGUUAAGACAAUCGAGACCUGCAAACCGUGGUAGAGAUGACGAAGAGGAUCUUUUCCCUGGCAGAAGUAGAAGCAGAACGGAUAGUAAUAGGGACAGAAGUAGAUCACCAAUGAGGAUUGAUUAG